UUGCUGAGAAAAUCGACCGAAAGAAAAGGGAAAGAAAAUGGGAAAACCUCGCGUCUAAGCAAAAAGUCUUCCAAACGUUUUCUGUUUAUUUCUUCGCCUCCAUCGGUGGAAGCACAAAAAUGUCCGAACGGAACGAUUCUCAGCCGUACACAGUGCCGCAGCUCGCAACCCCAAAGAGCUCAAAGCCGCCACAGCCGCUACAGGUCCCCGGUUUGGCUGCUAAUCUCAAUGUCGACCCUCCUGAAACGGACGGUGCGAUUCCUUCCACGUGUCAGCAUCAGACCUCAUCAGUUUUCUCUCUCCUUCCCCCUUUCCCAAAAGUAACGUGUAACAAGGACACUGACACCAGUGAAGCUGAAGGUAAACGAUUAAACAAACUGGGGAAAAGCAGGUCAAGGAAUUGUAAGGCAGAGUGUUCUAUGGAUUAUGGGGCUGAUGCUGAUGGCUACUUGCCUGGUCAAGGCGUUUCGUCGUCUCGUGAGGAGAAAGUCAGCAGCCUCAAAACUGGUUUAGUUCAUGUUGCAAGGAGGAUGCCUAAAAAUGCCCAUGCUCAUUUUAUACUGGGUUUAAUGUAUCAGAGAUUGGGGCAGCCUUCGAAGGCAGUUUUGGCAUAUGAGAAGGCAGAAGAGAUUUUACUCCGCCCUGAGGCUGAUAUCGAUAGGCCGGAGCUGCUUUCACUAGUUCAAAUUCAUCAUGCACAGUGCCUUAUGCUAGAAACUUUGGGGGAUAGUAGUUUCGACAAAGAACUUGAACCUCAAGAGCUUGAAGAAAUUAAUUCGAAACUAAAGGAGUCAAUGCAGUCAGAUGUAAGACAGGCAGCUGUCUGGAAUACCCUCGGCUUGAUUCUACUUAAAACUGGCCGUCUGCAGAGUGCUAUUUCAGUUUUGUCUUCUUUGUUAGCUGUUGCCCCCGACAACUAUGAUUGCCUUGGAAACCUUGGGAUUGCUUAUCUUCAAAAUGGAAAUUUGGAACUUUCAGAAAAAUGUUUUCAGGAGUUGAUCCUCAAGGAUCAAAAUCAUCCCGCGGCCUUGAUAAAUUAUGCUGCCCUUCUUUUAUGUAGAUAUGGUUCAGUUGUUGCAGGUGCUGGGGCAAAUGCUGGUGAAGGUACUUCUGCAGAUCACGUUUCUGGUAUAAAUGUUGCAAAGGAGUGUUUGUUAGCAUCACUAAAAGAAGAUCCUAAAGCAGCACAUAUUUGGGCUAAUCUUGCUAAUGCAUAUUAUAUAACUGGUGAUCAUAGAAGUUCCAGCAAGUGCUUGGAGAAGGCAGCAAAACUAGAGGUCAAUUGUUGUAUGUCUACUCGAUAUGCUAUUGCAAUCCACCGAAUCAAGGAUGCGGAAAGGUGUCAAGAUCCUAGUGAACAACUUUCCUGGGCUGGAAACGAAAUGGCUUCAAUUAUAAGAGAUGGCGACUCUGCUUCAGUCGAACUUCCGAUAGCAUGGACGGGGCUUGCGAUGGUGCACAAAACCCAACACGAGAUUGCAGCAGCAUUUGAAACUGAACAGAAUACACUAAUGGAGGUAGAAGAACGUGCUGAUUAUAGUUUAAAGCAGGCAAUAGCAGAGGAUCCAGAUGAUGCUGUGCAAUGGCACCAACUUGGUCUUCAUAGCCUUUGUACUCAGAAAUUCAAACACUCACAGAAGUACCUCAAAGCAGCAGUUUCCCGUUUUAGGGAAUGUAGCUGUGCAUGGUCAAAUCUAGGUAUCUCACUGCAACUAUCGGAGGAGUCAUCACACGCUGAAGAAGUAUACAAGCGAGCCUUGGCAUUGGCGACAACUAAACAUGCCCAUGCUAUACUCUCCAACCUUGGAAAUCUCUACCGCCAGCAGAAGCAAUAUGAACGUGCCAAAGCAAUGUAUACAAAAUCUCUUGAACUCCAGCCUGGCUAUGCUCCUGCAUUUAACAAUUUGGGUCUUGUAUUUGUUGCUGAGGGACGAUGGGAAGAAGCCAAAUUCUGCUUCAGCAAAGCCCUCCAGGCAGACCCGUUGCUGGAUGCUGCCAAGUCCAACAUGAUUAAAGCAGUGUCUGCAUCAAGUUCAUGUGCAGGCUUGUCGAGUCUUCUUCAAGAUUAAAUUGUAAGCAAGUGAUAGGGUAGGCAGGUUUCCUAGCCAAGAUUAGGGUUGUAAAACGGUAUUAAUUAAUGAGAAAAUGAGAAGAAGCGUUCUGUACAUGCAAGCCUCAUUCUUGCACA